AGUGAGACUUACUCUCAUAGCACUGAAUACUGAAAAUCUCAGAGAAACAGACUGAAGGCAUCUGUUAGUCGUGUCGGGAUGUAUCUCUUGCUGCUGUUGGUGGUGGCAAUGCUAGAAAUAUGUCUCCAAGGAGUUUGCGGGAAUAGGCUUUCCUAUGGACAGCUACAUUCGUCGUGUGAAAAGAAACAGGAAGACUUGAGAACUCAAAUUUGUCCGAAAGACAAUAACGAUCGAAAAUACGUUCGUAUCAGAACCUACAACAACAAAUACCUUUGGGCUUACGGCACGGAAAAUGGCGACAACAGUUACGUACGAACUCGCUGUUGUGGCGGAAAGGACGCGGUUGGUCGAACUGACGUCAUGAUUCCAGGAUUACGAACAACAUUCCGAGUACACUGUGGCAAGAUUGGCAACCAAGACACUGURAGGUUUGAAGUGCUYACRGAUAAAAGAACUGGUGUUAUUCGUCCAUCUGGGUACUACUUUUACGCAGACACACGUUGGAAGAAACUGUUUUCAAAACAAAAUCCAAGUUCUUCCGACAGCGAUGCUAACUUCAUCCUCACUCGCUGGCGUGGACCUGUAAUUGCUAUCAAAUCUGCCCGUAAUAGAUACUGGUGGACCUUUGCUGAAGAUGGUCAUGGAUCUAUUUUGAUAAAGUCUCAUACUGUUCAACGAUACCCUCGAUUCCCRCCACUUUAUGAUGCUUUCACUUUGGAGAUGGUGCCAAGGGAAUGCAUUGAAGUUCCAAAAUCAGAACGAAUCUUGGCUGCUGUGAGUGCAACGAAUGUGGAAGAGUGUGAGAAAAGGCCGGACCGAUGUUUCUUUUCAGACGGUUGGGAUACAACCAGGCACGUUGUACUUCCUGGAACCUGCUUCUACAAGAAAGAUUCCAUGUGUUAUCAACCAAACGUGGCUUCUCGAAGAAGCUGUCCACAGCAAGGCUCAAAAGACUGCGAAGCAGCGAACUGUUGCUAUGACUACCAACGAAACACGUGCUACCAGGGCAACUGAAGCGAUCUGAUGCCUUCAUUAAAAGCUAUUCAUGAUCAUUGGUUACUUCUAUACCUUUCUGCGG